GGAGGAGAGAGAGCGUGUCCGCUGCCCAAUGACAGGGCAGGAUGCUGAGAGAGGCUGCUCGGGUGAAUGGAGGCGACACGGUGCCGUCUAAAGCGGUGAAGGAAAGGAAUUAACAUCGAUCAAGAUCUGAUUUUGAUGUGCUCCACCCAUUAGGGUGAAAUAAGUCACCCAUGUGUGGUACAAAGGGUCAGAGCAGUCUCAUUUCAGCACGCUCCCGUUAAGGACCCUCUGGUGGCUACGCCGCUGAUUCACAGGACAUGUACGGCAGUGCCAGAGCUGUAGGCCAUAUAGAGAGCAGCCCCGCACGGUCCCCGCGCCUGCCAAGGUCCCCCAGACUGGGCCAUCGGAGGGCCAACAGCGGGGGCGGGGGUGGUGCGGGGGGAAAGACGCUCUCCAUGGAGAACAUCCAGUCACUCAACGCUGCCUAUGCUACUUCCGGGCCCAUGUACCUGAGUGACCACGAAGGCGUGGGCUCCACUGCCACCUACCCAAAAAGCACUAUGACUCUGGGUCGCGCCACCAACCGGGCCAUGUAUGGGGGCCGCGUCACAGCCAUGGGCAGCAGUCCCAAUAUUGCUUCUGUGGGGCUGCCCCAUGGUGACCUUCUGUCUUACAGUGACCUGGGCUCCCUCUCCAUGCUGCACCACCACCACCACCACCAGGGCGUGCCCUCCGCACUGCUGAGGCAGGCGGUGCGGGGCAGUGGGGGGGAGCUGCUGGAGAUGCAGGUCCAGCUCAGGGAUAUGCAGAGGGAGAAUGAGCUGCUGCGCCGGGAGCUUGACUUGAAGGACAGCAAGUUGGGAUCUUCCACAAACAGCAUCAAGAGCUUCUGGAGUCCUGAGCUGAAAAAGGAGAGGAUAAUGAGAAAAGAAGAGGCAGCUCGCACAUCAAUCCUUAAAGAGCAGAUGAGAGUCACUCAUGAGGAGAAUCAGCAUCUCCAGAUGACCAUCCAGGCUCUGCAAGACGAGCUGCGAACACAGCGAGACCUAAACCACCUGCUGCAGCAGGAGGGCGGCAACCGCUCCGCUUCGGACCACUUCACCACUAUCGAGCUGACGGAGGAGAACUUCCGUCGGCUGCAGGCCGAACACGACAGGCAGGCCAAGGAGCUCUUCUUGCUGAGAAAGACCCUUGAGGAGAUGGAGCUGAGGAUCGAGACCCAGAAACAGACACUAGGUGCCAGGGAUGAGUCCAUUAAGAAGCUGCUGGAAAUGCUGCAGAGUAAAGGGCUGCCCCCCGGGCCGGGCAGGGUGUCUGAGGAGGAGGAGCAGGAGAGAGCCAGGCGCAUUGCUGAGGCAGAGGCCCAGCUUGGACACCUGGAGGUCAUUCUGGAUCAAAAGGAGAAGGAGAACAUCCAUCUGCGAGAGGAACUGCACAGAAGAAAUCAGCUGCAUCAGGAUCCAAGCAAAACCAAGGCCCUGCAGACCAUCAUAGAAAUGAAAGACACCAAAAUUGCCUCUCUGGAGCGCAACAUUCGGGAUCUGGAGGAUGAGAUCCAAAUGCUGAAGGCGAACGGCUUACUGAACACAGAGGACAGAGAGGAGGAGAUCAAACAGAUGGAGGUCUAUAAGAACCACUCUAAGUUUAUGAAGAACAAGAUUGACCAGCUGAAGCAGGAGUUGUCAAAGAAGGAGUCAGAGCUGCUGGCUCUGCAGACAAAACUAGAGACCCUCAACAACCAGAACUCCGACUGCAAACAGCAUAUCGAGGUGCUCAAAGAGUCUCUCACUGCCAAGGAGCAACGUGCUGCCAUCCUUCAAACAGAGGUGGAUGCUCUACGACUGCGACUGGAGGAGAAAGAAUCCUUCCUAAACAAGAAAACCAAGCAGCUGCAGGACUUGACGGAAGAGAAGGGCACUCUCGCUGGAGAAAUCAGGGACAUGAAGGACAUGCUGGAGGUCAAAGAAAGGAAGAUCAAUGUCCUGCAGAAGAAGAUUGAGAACCUGCAGGAGCAGCUGCGGGACAAGGACAAGCAACUUGGGAACCUGAAGGACAGGGUUAAGUCUCUGCAGACCGACUCAAGUAACACAGACACUGCCCUGGCCACCCUGGAGGAGGCUCUGUCAGAGAAGGAGAGGAUAAUAGAGCGUUUAAAGGACCAAAGGGAAAGGGAAGACAGAGAACGUCUUGAAGAAGUGGAGUCCUAUAAGAAGGACAACAAGGAUCUGAAGGAGAAGGUCAACAGCCUGCAGAUAGAAUUAACAGAGAAAGAGUCCAGUCUCAUCGAUUUAAAAGAACAUGCUUCCUCCCUGGCAUCCUCUGGCCUCAAGAAGGAUUCAAAGCUCAAGUCACUGGAGAUCGCCAUCGAGCAAAAAAAAGAGGAGUGUAGUAAGUUGGAGACGCAGUUGCAGAAGCAAGCUGAGCAGCUAUUCAGUCACAUGAACAAUCCUAAGGCCCAUGAGGUGGAGCUGCAGUCCGGCCCCAGAGGGAACCCAGAGUACGUGGACCGAGUGAAGUUGCUGGAGAAGGAGGUGAGCUACUACAAGGAUGAGGCCAACAAGGCUCAGACGGAGGUGGAGAGACUCCUGGACAUCCUGCGAGAGGUGGAGACCGAAAAGAAUGACAAGGACAAGAAGAUCGCUGAGUUGGAAAGUCUAGCUCCCAGACAAGGAGGCAAAGACCUGACUAAGAAGGGUCCAAAUAUCAAACUAGGACCACAAGGCGACAAGAAAGGCUUAGGACAAGACCCUCGUAAGGACAGCUCCAUGGACAGUGGCCACCACGUAAAGUUGGAAGAGCUGAUGAACACGCUGGAAAGGACGAGGCAGGAGCUGGAUUCCACCAAGCAGCGUCUCUCCUCCACACAGCAGUCGCUGCAGGAGAGGGACGGCCACCUCACCAACAUGAGACAGGAGCGCAGGAAACAGCUGGAGGAGAUACUGGAGAUGAAGCAACAAGCUCUGCUGGCAGCCAUCAGUGAGAAAGAUGCUAAUAUAGCACUGCUGGAACUGUCGGCCUCCAAUAAAAAGAAGACCCAGGAGGAGGUGCUGGCCCUCAAGAGGGAGCGGGACAAACUGAUGCACCAGCUCAAACAACACACACAAAGCAGAAUGAAGCUGAUAGCCGACAACUACGAAGAUGAGCAAUAUCAUCCACACGGUCCUCACCACCCCCAGCCUCAGCCUCCGCAUGCUCAGCCUCAACCUCAGCCCCAGCCCCAGCCCCAGCCCCAGCCGCAGUACCCCCACGCUCCCCACGCCCCCAUCGCCCAGCAGACCCCAUAUCCACACGCCAUGCAUCCGCAGCACCCACAGCACCCGCAGGCCCCCCAACAGCACCCACACCCACAGCAGCCACAACCCCAGUACCCUCACCCACAGCACCCCCAGCAGCACGCUCAGCACCCCCAACCACCUCCCCAGCACCAACAGCACCCACGGCCCCCACAGCCCCAACACCCUCACCAACAGCACCCGCAGCAUCCUCCACAGCACCCACACGCACAUCCCCAACACCCUCACCCUCAGCACCCACACGGCGCUCCCCAACAAGGACCCCACCCCCAACAUCCACAUCCCCAACACCCUCAACACCCUCAACACCCUCAGCACCCUCAGCACCCUCAGCACCCUCAGCACCCACAGCACCCGCACCAUGGCCAGCAUCCACGUCACCCAUCGCCCCAUCAUCGUGGAGGGCCGGCCCGAGGACCCCCACAUGCUGGUCACCGCCCUGCCCAGGACCAGGAUGACGACGAGGGAAUUUGGGCAUAAUCUUCGCUGUGACAACCAAAGCUCUAAUAUUGUUUUGAGGGAUGAUUCAGUCACUACAGGAGGAGCACAGCCAUGCCAUGAUGUUGAAACACUACAAUACCCGGGCAAACAUAUAUUACCUCCACUCAAUCAACACUCAGCAAUGGGACUUUUAGUUUAUUUUCCGGGGGAAAGGAGGGGGCACUCAGGUGUCCAGGUCAUGCGGGGAGACUGACAGCUGAGCAGGAUCACAGAUACGGGACUUAAUUGGAAGGAAAGGGACAGAUGUUGAUGCCGAUGGAGAGACAGAUGUAUCAGAUUCUUGCUUGGACAGGGCAUGCGAUCAACAAGGCAGCCCUGCAUCAUAGCUCUCACACAGGUCACUUCACCUGUCUGUCACCAGCUCAACACUGCACCUCUUCAGGCCAACAAUGCCCUCUUGAUCCUCCCAGCAGAGAUCUCCCGACAGUCUGCCAGCCCAGUAUUUGUUCCUCUUCCUUCUUCCUGUAAUUGAUUCAAGAUCAUGGUUGUCUUGCUAUAUGUCUCAUCUGCCUGACUGACUCCUCUGGCUGUGGUUGGCUUCCCCCCCCCCCCCACCUGACUCUGUCAUGGUUUCUUGAUCCUCACUGCCCUGCUGACCAACCUGGUGACAUCUGACCCCUCUACCUGGCUAUCGUGACCCUCAUGACUCAUGACUCUUCUGUAGUUUCAAUCAUCUGAUCGUGUUGAUGAGCUAUUUUAUCCUUUGUGGCGCACAUGGACCUCUUUUUUACCUUUAUACAUGCCCCAAACACCAUCUAUUUCUAGAGAGGCUUAUGCUCAGCAUUUCUAAAAGUGAUGUAGUGUCCCUUCACUUGCUUUUUCCACACACUAGAUUUGAGUGUUUUUGUUGCUGUCAUUUCUUGUUGGUAAAAGGAAGAGCUUAGAGCUGACUGAUAGUACGCCUUUAGCCUUGCCUGCAGCAUCAGGGGUUUCCUUGGCUGCACGAGCAGGGCCCUCCAGUUCUUGCGCUUGUUUUAGCCUCAAGGCUGCGGGUGCCAUCGGUGUUUCUCUUCAUGUUACCUCAUUUUAAUCAGAAGUAGUCAAAAAAAAAAAAUCAAUCUAUGCAGAUGUCAAUUCAGAGUGAAUGCAUUUUUAUUUCCCCAUCCUCACUCAGAUUUAUCAGUCAAAGUGUAAUUAACCAUCCAAUCAGAGUGGCCAAGAGAGCGGUCAGAAACUAUUAAUCAGUCAGAUUAUUUUGAGUUUCUGAGACUAUGCACCUCCUCCGUGUUGCAGGAAUUUUUACUAAUGGUGCUUCUGCUGGUGCUCAAACUAAAUGGUGUCAGAAGACCUGGUCAAGAGCAUCUUUUAGUCAUUUUACAGUCAAGGAGCUUGAUCCCACAAUGGGCUUCACAAACAAACUGUAAAAGACUGCUUUGUACAUACGAUUUGACCUUGUGGGCUUUGUGAUCAACUAUCACUUCAACACCCGCACAGAGGUGAUCUCCCUCUAUGAAUACUGCUACUAUAAAUACAUUAUAGACUAUGAAGUGGAGGAUGUUCAAUAGAUGUUUUCCCUGCAGGUCUAUUUGUACCAUUGACACCCCAGUCUCUGACCUACAGUAUGCUCCUGCUCCCCUCUCCCUUGUAAUUCUCCUCUUUCAGCAGUAGUCUGUGUGAACUCCUCAAUCAUAGUGACUUGUUUUCUCCUUCUCAACAAGGUGGCUUGUGCCUCGUAAAAACUGUACACAUACAUUAUAGAUAUGCAA